CUCCACCUGCAGCUGCCGCCUCACCGUCGCCUCGCUGCUCGCACAUCAUGCUCAUCGUCGGCCUCACCGGCGGCAUCGCUUCAGGCAAGAGCACAGUCUCCAAGCUCCUUUCGGAAGAGCAUCGUCUCCCCGUCAUCGAUCUCGACAUCCUCGCUCGCCAAGCUGUCGAGCCGGGGACUUUAGCCUACCGCGCUAUCGUCGCUCAUUUCGGCCCCGAUAUCCUGCUCUCUUCCUCAAAUGAUGUCAGAGGUCCGCCUUUGGAUCGAGCCAAGCUUGGCGAGAUUGUCUUCAGCGACGAGAGACAGCGUAAAGUGCUCAAUAGCAUCACGCACCCCGCCGUCAGACGAUUGAUGGCUUGGGAGAUCGCACGGUGCUGGCUCAGAGGUGAAGGCAUAUGCGUCGUUGACGCGCCCCUGCUCGUCGAAGCAGGACUGUGGCGACUGUGCGGUCGUGUCUGCGUCGUUUACUGCUCUGAUCAACUCCAAGUCAAGCGCCUCCAACAGCGCAACGAUUUCUCGCCAGAGUCUGCUCGAUCACGCAUUGCCUCUCAGCGACCCCUCUCUUCUAAGCUGGUCUAUGCAGAUGACGUCAUUGACAACAGCGGCACCUUGUCAGAUCUAGAAUAUCAAGUCAAUGCGCUCGUCGUCAAGCUCAAAAGCGCUCGAGGAUCAAUCCUCAACUACGGCCUCUCUUGGCUCAUUCCACCUCUCGGACUUCUCAGGGGUCUCCUCUGCAUUGCAAUCAGACUAGGAUGGAAGAAGAUCGGUCAAGAGCGAAAGAGGAGCAUGCCCAGACAGGCAGCUCGGCAACGGAUCCGUGACGAGCAAAAUGCUGCUCCUGCGGGAGAGCAAUUCUCUCUCGACAGACGCUAGGCUCCCCGGUCUUGCAUGGUCGCCAAUCACACCGUCAGACGUCCGACGCGUCGCAGCUCGACGCUUAUCGCACCUCGGAGCUGCUUAUCGGCCGCUAGAGCCAACACGAUGUUGCUCUGGGUGCUGUCCUCGAUCAUUGCUUCUUCUAUGAUCUUCGCUCAGAUGACCUCGGUCUUCUAUCGUCUAGAGA